CCGGCGCUUAAAGGUGUGACGUCAUCAGAGCGUCAUCAACAUGGCGGAGUUCAGUGAGUUUGUGAAUCUGCGGCGACGUUUUAAUACAAACGAACAACAACAACAACAACAAGAAGAAGAAGACGAACAGAGUGUUUGUGCAGAUGAAGCUGUAGAUGUGAAGUCCUCUGCUCGUAUCAACAGUCACUCAGUCUUCUGGAUUAUCUCAUCUCUCAGUCUCACCUAUUAUGUGGAUUUCUUCUCUGUCAUAUUCAACAACAGUGAUAUUCACAGUUGGUGGUUUGCUGUAGGUGUGGUGUUGUUGGGAUUGUGUCUGAGUCUCGCAGCGUUCUGUAUCGUGUAUCUGGAGUGGUUUAAAGGCAUCAAACACUACGAGCAGGAAUAUCCUGCCAUCCCAGCUGUCACCACUGGCGCCUUCAUCGCUGCGUCCUUCAGCUUUAACAUCGCUCUGUGGCCGGUUUGGUCUUUCUUCACUCCAGUGAUUCUCUUCACUCAGUUUAUGGGGGUGGUGAUGUUGAUUUCACUGAUGGGCUGAAACACACGUGAAUCAGGACUCUCUCUUCCGAAGCCGACAGUGGACCACAGGAAGGUCAGCUGAUCUGUGACUGAACAUGUACCUGCCCCCCUGACCCCUCUCUGACCUCUGACCUCUGCUUGAGUUCAGUGCUGAAGAUGCGCUUUAAUGAACUCACACGAUAUUCUGACUUCUCAAAUCAACAGCCAUUCAUAAUUUCCCUGAUACCAGAUGUGUUUUGUAUGUCAGGUUGUGUUUGUUUACAUGUAAACACUGGAGAACUGUAAACUGAAAGAGGUCCUUAAGGUGUUAAAUAAGGUAAACAGGGUGUUUUCUCUGAGGUCCUGUAAAAUGCUGAUUACUCAAGUGGCUUUUAUAAAGUGCAGAUUGCAUUAUAUUAAUAUUAAAACACACACACGUUAACUAAAGAUACACUGUAAAAUCAAAUUAGUUGACCUUCGAGUUUAAGGGAAUCGGUUUGCAGAUAAUGUACAUAUUUGGCUCAAGUAAAUUGAACUUAAUUAUUUAAGUACAGUUAACUAGUUACAAGUAAACUUAAAGGGACAGUUCACCCAAAAAUGAAAAUUCUGUCAUCAUUUACU